CGCUUCCAAAUCAUAAAUCUGUGGCGUCCUAUAUCGCAUGCAGCUGAAGAUUGGCCACUUGCACUAUGUGACUUCAGGAGUGCCGAGUUCGAAAAAGACUUGAUUUCUGUCGCUCUUAUAUACCCCGACCGCGAGGGUGAGACAUUUGGAGUCAAAUACAGUCCAAACCACCAGUGGAAAUACAUGAAGGCAAUGACCCCAGAAAAGUUUGUUCUUAUCAAAUGGCGAGCAAACUUUGACUCGGUACAAGAUGGCAGUGUCGCUAGGCUCACCCCUCAUACUGGCUUCCAAGACCCGAACACUCCAGAGGGAGCACCGUUUCGGGAAUCCAUCGAGCUGAGAGCUCUGGUAUUCUAUGAUUAG